CACUCUUCCACCCUAUGGAAACAUCAGCGAGUUCACACUGGGGAGAAGCCAUUCACCUGCUCAGAAUGUGGAAAGGGAUUCACUGAGUCGUCCACUCUACUGGUACAUCAGCGAGUUCACACUGGGGAGAGGCCAUUCACCUGCUCAGUCUGUGAGAAGAGAUUCACUCGGUUAUCCCACCUCCAGAGUCAUCAGCGAGUUCACACUGGGGAGAGGCCGUUCUCCUGCUCAGAAUGUGGGAAGAGAUUCACUGAGUUAUCCAACCUACAGAGUCAUCAGCGAGUUCACACUGGGGAGAAGCCAUUCAUCUGCUCAGAAUGUGGGAAGAGAUUCACUGAGUUAUCCAACCUACAAAGUCAUCAGCGAGUUCACACUGGGGAGAGGCCGUUCUCCUGCUCUGAAUGUGGGAAAGGAUUCACUGAGUUAUCCACCCUACAGAGACAUCAGCAAGUUCACACUGGGGAGAAGCCAUUCACCUGCUCAGUAUGUGGGAAGAGAUUCACUCAGUUAUCCACCCUACAAAGUCACCAGCGAGUUCACACUGGGGAGAAACCGUUCCCGUGCUCAGAGUGUGGGAAGAGAUUCACUCAGUCAUCCACCCUACAGAGACACCAGCGAGUUCACACUGGGGAGAAGCCAUUCACCUGCUCAGUCUGUGGGAAGAGAUUCACUGAUUCAUCCACUCUACAGAGACACCAGCAAAUUCACACUGGGGAGAAGCCGUUCACCUGCUCAGUCUGUGGGGAGAGAUUCACUCAGUCAUCCACCCUACAGAAUCACCAGCGAGUUCACACUGGGGAGAAGCCGUUCAUCUGCUCAGUCUGUAGGAAGAGAUUCACUCAUUUAUCCAGCCUACAGAGACAUCUGCAAAUUCACACUGGCGAGAAGCCGUUCAGCUGCUCAGUCUGUGGGAAGGGAUUCACUCAGUCAUCCACCCUACAGAGUCAUCAGCGAGUUCACACUGGUGAGAAGCCGUUCACCUGCUCAGACUGUGGGAAGGGAUUCAUUUAUUUAUCCAGCCUACAGAGACAUCAGCGCGUUCACACCGAGGAGAAGCCGUUCACCUGCUCAGAAUGUGGGAUAGCAUUCACUCAGUCAUCCCAACUACUGGCACACCAGUCAGUUCACAAUGGGGAGUGGCCAUUCGUUCUAAAGUUUGGCGAUGAGACUGACACUGCUGAGGUAAAUCUUAUUAAAGGCAUUCGUGGCAGCAUGAUUUCCGUGCUGUUGUACAAGUUCAGUCGGUCUUCCCACCUGUGGACACACCAAUCAGUUCACACCACACCGGGCAGAGGCUGGUCAACUGCUGAAUUUCUGGGAAAAGGAUUCACUCAGUCAUCUGACCUGAUGGCUCACCAGCGAGUUCACACUGGGGAGAAGCCAUUCACCUGCUCAGAGUGCGGGAAAGGAUUUACACAGUCAUCUACCCUACUGGUACAUCAGCGAGUUCACACUGGAGAGAAGCCGUUCACCUGCUCAGUCUGUGGGAAAGGAUUCACUCAGUUAGCUACCCUACAGAGACACCAGCGAGUUCGCCCGGCGGAGAAGCCAUUCACCUGUUCAGAAUGUGGGAAGAGAUUUACUCAGUCAUCCCACCUACAGAGUCAUCAGCGAGUUCACACUGGGGAGAAGCCGUUCACCUGCUCAGUCUGUGAGAAGGGAUUCACUCUGUCAUCUACCCUACAGAGACACCAGCGAGUUCACACUGGGGAGAAGCUGUUCACCUGCUCAGUCUGUGAGAAGGGAUUCACUCAGUUAGCUACCCUACAGAGUCACCAGCGAGUUCACACUGGGGAGAAGCCGUUCACCUGUUCAGAAUGUGGGAAGAGAUUUAAUCAGUCAUCUAACCUACUGGUACACCAGCGAGUUCACACUGGGGAGAAGCCGUUCACCUGCUCAGAGUGUGGGAAAGGAUUUACACAGUCAUCUGCCCUACUGGUACAUCAGCGAGUUCACACUGGGGAGAAGCCGUUCACCUGUUCAGUCUGUGAGAAGGGAUUCACUCAGUUAGCUACCCUACUGAAACACCAGCGAGUUCACACUGGGGAGAAGCCGUUCACCUGCUCAGUCUGUGGGAAGGGAUUCUCUGACUCUUCCACCCUUCUGAUUCAUCAGCGAGUUCACACUGGGGAGAGGCCGUUCAGCUGCUCCGAAUGUGGGAAGGGAUUCACUCAGUCAUCCCACCUACGGAGUCACCAGCGAGUUCACUCCGAGGCGAAGCCAUUCACCUGCUCAAUUUGUGGAAAGGGAUUCACUCAGUCAUCUACCCUGCUGGUACAUCAGCAAGUUCACACUGGGGAGAAGCCGUUCACCUGCUCAGUCUGAGGGAAGGGAUUCACUCAGACAUUCACCCUACAGAGACAUCAACGAGUUCACACUAGAGAAAGGCCAUUCACCUGCUGAGAAUGUGGGAAAGGAUUCACUCAGUCAUCCCACCUACUGGCACACCAUCAGUUCACAAUGGGGAGUGGCCAUUGUUAUGAAUCUCUAGGUUUUGUUUGCUGUGGAGAGAGAGAGAGAGAGAGAGAGAGAGAGAGAGAUUAAGAAGGCAAAUGUGUCUGACUUGCAGCUUGUUUACAUCGCGUGCAGCUUGUUUAGUUUUAACCGAGGACACAGACACUCAGAGACAGAUAGAGACAAAGGAGGAAAAAUGGAAGAAUUGAAACCAGGGAACUAGUGGCCAAGGGUCACUGUUUGGAACCUUCCUUCGCCCACAAGGGUGGACAAAUUAUCGAUUCACCAUACAUCGAAUGUGUGGUUGUCACCUCAUUUGAUCCAUAGCAGAGGAUCUGAUUUGGGGUAUCCUGUGGAGACCACUUAUGUGUUAACCCUUGCCUGGCUGUGGUGUGGUAGUUCACUUGAAGAUGAUACCCCUUAUGACAAGUCACUUCGGGUGAUAAUUAGUAUGUGGAUUUGGAAGGAUGACAGAUAAAAUCUACAGCGACUGUUGGUCUCGUUUUACCACCAUGGAACCUGUGGAAUAUGACAUAAUGGCCUUCUCUCAACAUUUACCCUGGAUUACAAAUAUCUCUCUCUCAUCACUUAUUCUGUAGUUGAACUGAACUUUCAUACUUUACCAUCUCAAGACUCCAAGCCUUGUUUCCCCCGAGCUCAAUAGUUUGGGAGUUUUAUUUCUACAGAUUUAUACACAUAACACUCAUGAGGAAAUCUGUAGAUGCUGGAAAUUCAAACAACACACACAAAAUGCUGGUGGAACCCAGCAAGCGAGGCAGUAUCUAUAAGGAGAAGAAAUGUCGAUGUUUCAGGCUGAGACCCUUCGUCAGGAUUAACUGAAAGGAAAGAUACAAAGAGAUUUGAAAGUAGUGGGGGGAGGGUGAAAUGCGAAAUGAUAGGAGACAGGAGUUGGUGGGAUGAAGCUAAGAACUGGAAAGGUGAUUGGCGAACGUGAUACAGUGCUGGAGAUGGGAAAGAAUCAUUGGACAGGAGGCCUCAGGAGAAAGUAAGGUGCGGGGGAAGCACCAGAGAGACAUGGAAAACAGGCAAACAAUUAAAUAUGUCAGUGAUGGGGUAAGAAGUGGAAGAGGGGCAUUAACGGAAGUUAGAGAAGUCAAUGUUCAUCCCAUCAGGUUGGAGGCUACCCAGCCGGUAUAUAAGGUGUUGUUCCUCCAACCUGUGUUUGGAUUAAUUUUGACAGUAGAGGAGGCCAUGGAUAGACAUAUCAGAAUGGGAAUGGGAUGUGGAAAUAAAAUGUAUGGCCACUGGGAGUAGUCUGUUGCUGCUGGUUCUUUUUUAAAGCGUUAUGGUUUGUAACAAAAUGGGGCCUGCGUCUGGGAUAUGAACAAAUUUAAGGAUUGAUUUAAUAUCGAUUUCAUUGGAUAAAUCCCUUUUGAUUUAUUUGUGUGUGGAAAAUCUGCAGCAAUGGAUGUUGAUAGAUAUCUGGAAGUGUGAACCUCUCAGGCAUUAGAAGACACCAGAAGGAUUGAGUUAUUGAGUAUUGCUAAAGUGUUAAUAUUUGCUAAGGUGAAAUUGACAAUGAGGAGGGCACAGAUGCAGAGGAUAAUAGCUGAACAUUAUGUAUCUGAGGGGGUGUUUAAAGUGGAGGAGUUGGAGGUGUUUCCUGAACGUAAACCUAGUGAGCUUGAGCUCCAGUACAAGUGAGAAAAAUUAAAGAUGGAGGCAGAGGCAAUUUCAGGCUGGAGAGAUAGAAAAGCAGUAAGAAAAUACUCUUACUAAGUGUAAUUAAGGGGAAGGCUGAGCAAGCCUAUUCUGCUUUGACAGCGCUGAAGCAGCUUAUUAUUUAUUUAUUUAUGCUUCCCCAAUCAUCGCCACUGGGCUAUAAAUGUGCAGGAGCUGUGUGUGGUUCAGUGCUUUGCUCAAGGACACACACGCUGCCUCGGCUGAGGCUCGAACUCAUGACUUUCAGAUCGCUAGUUCAACACCUUAACCACAUGGUCACACACCACAUAUUAUG